AGUGCCGCCGCAGGAGCCUUAAGGGUGGGCGCCCCUUUAAAACAUCGCGACACUCGCUGCUGGCCACACCGAAAGUCUCACUCCAGCGCUACUAGCGCACGCAUUCUCGCAGUUUCAGGAAGACCUGCAAACGGCAAUGCAUACUCUCGGAGCCUUCCUUGCUGUUCUGGCUGGAGUACAGCUGAUUUCCGCGCAAGGCGCCGCCAAGUGCAAGCUACCGCCAGAUGAGGGCAGGUGCGAUGAAAAGCUCCAGCGUUUUUUCUUCAAUGUCACUUCCGGCUUUUGUGAACUGUUCACCUACAAUGGCUGCGACGGCAACCAGAACAACUUUGCUGCAUACAAAGAAUGUAUCGACGAAUGUCAAAAUCCCUGUCGCGACCCUCUGGGUGCGGAGCGCUGCCGCGACGGAGUCCAGGAUCGCUACUACUUCGACGUGGAUGCGGGACGCUGCAAGAAGACGGGGUACGGAUUCUGUUCGGGAUACUGGGACAGCUUCAUCCGUCUAGAGGCGUGCAAAACUCGCUGCGAAGACGUGUGCUCAAAGCCGAUGGAUCCAGGCACUUGCCACGUCAAGCUGCACCGGUUCUACUACGAUCGAGAAGAAAACAGGUGCCUGCCGUUCGUUUACACAGGGUGCCUCGGAAACGGCAACAGGUUCCACACCCGCGCCAUGUGCAACAAGAUGUGCCGUCGAGGUUGCGACUGACCUCGACAUCUGCAAGUUAAAAUACUGAUGGCACCUUUGGAAGGGUGGAAGUAUUGUGAACCAUUUGCAAGUGGACGUGAACUGAUUACGUGCGAUAAGCCGUGCGACAUCUUGGGGGCCGCAAAAGCGCCAAUGAAUAUCCUACAUUAGAUGUUAGCAUAUUUUUUAGGAGUACAGACAAUUAAACUAGCACACCCUAAUGUGGAAGCAGCAGAUUAUUUCCUUUUCAUACUCGAGAACCAGGCGAACAAUACAGCGUCACCUUUCUAAAGUUCGUUUUUUUCUUCCGUGGCCGUCUGCAUUACGUUACUUCUUCACAGUGUGAUGUAGUCAGUAACUGUACAACGUUACAAAGAACGUUUAUAAAAAUUCAACUAGUGCAUUUAUAUAAUACCUGUCUCUGUGCUCUGUUUUCGCUAUAUGUUUUACUUGCAAAAUAAAAAAAGCACUUUGCAGAGGGAGUAAGUGCUAAGGUACUGAGAAUAACUGGCCGAUCAUUUUGUUUUCUUGUUGGCAAUUAUUUUUAUAAGAACCUUGCUUGUUUUCUUUUGAUACAAAAUUAUUAUGUACGUGCUGUCUUCAUUCGCUCAUAUGCUUAGUGGCCCAUUCGUUGUCUGUGUUAUUAUGUGAAAAACAUGUAGACGAGUUCAAGCAAAGUCGGUGCAGUUGAUGGCUCUCGAUACUGAAAAGCCCGCCAUUCAAUAGGUGCGGCGUUGUCCACUGUUUUUACUGUUUGUUUCGAGAAUGCCUUUCAUCGGCUCCCUAUUCUACUGUGGACUCGAAUGGUUCUACCAUGUCUUAAGUUAUGACCUUCAUAUUGUGUUUUGUAUCUCACAAUGUAUUUACUGCACUGAAGCGAUCUUGUUUUCUUGCAGGAAAAAUUGUAUUUUAUAAAUGAAAACCCCACCAAAGAAGUUUAUUUAUUUUCUUCGUUUUUUCGUCAGUCUUCAUCACUGUAGAUGAGAGCAAUGAAGUCUGUUUGCAUAUAGUUACUUUAGUAUGGUGAACUGGAAUGAGACAGUGUGUCAUCCGCAUAGAAAUGCACUGGGCAAACGGUGGUCCCUUCUGCAGCGGUGCCAUCAAAGAGGCGCUUCGAGCAACCUGUGUGCCCAGGGUACAAAAUUUGAAUUUUUAAGCGCAGUUUCAUUUUGUUAAAGAAAAAUAAGACAUUCAUUUUUUACACCUUAUUGUUUGUUACUCGGUUUUCUACUAUUCUGCGACCCAACACCAACAAAGAAAGAAGCAAGAACGUUAAACGCGUCGUCGAAUGGUGUGAUUCUGACAGUAAACAACACCUUAUAUUACUUCAGUUCUCGUAAAUGUAGCACUUAAUCGUCGUUUGUAUAAAGAACGAGCUCAAACUAGAGCGUAACGUUAUGGUAUCAAUUAUCAAGAGCUCAGGUUACAUCAGGCAACACAACAACAACGCGCUUGAACAGAACUAUGGGUUGGUAUUCCUCUGCUUGCAGUAGGUGUUCUAAUAAUCUGCUUCGAACUAUAUGAGCGGAGCAGCCGGUUAGAAACGCAGCUUCCUGCCUUAAUGAGCCCUGCACUUUGAAAUAGCAGUAAAAAGAAGCAUUUACCUAAAAUGGGCAAAAACACUUUGCAGACGACAAUAAAAGUGCAAGAGAAUUCAGGUUUCAUCCACUAUAUCGUCUGCUACGAUUGAUGUUCUGUCCGCAACAUUUCCGCUUCCUUCGGGUGAGUGCAUCUAUGUUUUAUUUAUUUAUGUUACUCAACUGUGCCUUCCCCUCGUGUGUCUUAAACUCCGCCUUUAACGGUCCCACGUAUUUACGAACACUAGGAACACAGUACAACGCAACGUGAACCACCUGUGAGCGCAGCACGCAUUGCCGCAAUUUAAGCCUGUCCUCUGCGAUUGCCAAGCCAUUCCCAGGCGGCAUGAGUGUCUCCCCGUACCAGCAUUGGCUUUACAAUGCAGCGACAGAAGACGCUGCAUUAUAUCGGUGUGCUCCAGUACUCCAGGCCCUUAACGAGAAAGGAGACACCUUCUCGAUGCCGAACAGCCCACUGAUAUAUUACAGUACAUCAUACCUCUAAAGCGAGACAUCCUGUGCCAUUCCAGCGCCACUUGAUUCCACUUUCGUUCACUAACCGGCAUGCUAAAGCAAUAAUAUUUUUCCCCUAUCUUUUCUAUGCACCGUGUUUGAUAUAAGCCUAAUCACGUUCUGCAUUCCCCUAAUAGCACCGAGAAAUCGGUGAUUGUUGAUGGUGAUUUCAUAUCAAAUUUUCGACAUCCAUGUAUUUUCGAUAUCCGUUAGCAGUCUUACUUCUGUCCCAUACAUUGAGUCCAAAUUCUAUCUCUUAUCUUCCACGUCCUCCCGUCUUUCCCACACCUCGUCACCUGCCGUUACCUGCAGUCACACACAAACAUAGACGUUCGCUUCAAAAAGCGCCUACGAGUGGCGUUCAUAAUGCUCCUAUAAUCGGUACCAGAAAUUUAAAACAGGCCCACACGAUAAGCAUCAAUAUGAGCGCACGUCUUCCUAUCUUUAGCAGAGUAUAGGAGUUACUUUUUAUAUAGUACUGGCGAAACACGUCUCGGUCAUCAAAACGAUAAGGUGUGAGCCCCAUGGAGUGAUUGUGAUUCAAAAUGAUUGUUCGCCAAGCGACGCCCGGCGCCGACACCGGAUGUUAUGCAACUCGAGGCCCUUAACCCUCUCGCGUUAAAAUGGCACUGCCCAUCGAGAAAUUUGGCUCAAGCACAAGCAGUGAUGCGCUUUCUGUGCUUCAAGGGACAACAUGCCAAAGGUACUCAUGCCCAGAUGGUGGCCGUGUGCGGGGAAAGUGACCCAGCUCAUGACAAUGUGGUGCAAUGGUUGAGAUCAUUUAAAUUCUGUCGAACUAUACUGAAUGACAAGAAACAGAGUCUGUGACGGUGUUUAAGUGCAUUGUUUAAUUGCUGUUACUUCAUGGCAAUAAUAUGAACCUUAUGAACGCCACUCGUAUACGUGCAGUAUUAGUUAUUGAAAGUUGAAAUGCACGCCAUGAGUAUUCCUUGCCAUUUUCCACCACAUGACACCUGGGGCUGUCAAAUAUGCAUUGGCAUUAUCUUUUUGCUUACGUAGCUUCAUAUUUAAGUCAGCUGUGAGUUCAUGUUUAUACAAAUUGUAGUGUUUAAUGCUUGUUUUACUUUAGUGUUGCAUAACCACAAUGUUUUACUAUACAUAUCUUGGUUAUUUUAUCAUGUGUGUAUGAGUUAUUGUACUUUGUCUCUUGUGCAUUGUGUAUUUGGGCAUAUUUACUUUGAAUCUACUAGAUUUACAUUUCUGUUCUGCUGUCACAGCUUGCGUGAUACCACCAUCCCAUGUGGGAGAACGUCGUCAGGCGUUGCUGCAUUUCGUCCUCCUUGCGUAAGCGUGACGAUGCACACUUCAAUAAAGUAUUCAA